AACGUCUUAUAUUUUGACAUCCAUCUACUACGAGUAACUCUCAAGCUUCAGUUCUGCCUCGCUUCUCCGCCAUUUUUGCUUCUUCAGAACAAGUUUACAAGACAGAAAUAGUGGCAUAUAAGGAGCUUCUUAAACUCCCAUCUAUGAUGGUUCCCAACCCUGCUUUAAGCCAAGAAAAAGCUGAAGAUGUCAAUCAGCAACUGCACAAUUCAGCAGCAGAUGCCGACAAUAUUGAAAUAGUCAAUAUGAUGAAGGAUCAAGAUGCUUCUGCAUCAGAAAACAAUCGUAAAAAGGAGCACCGGAGAAGAUACAAUCACAAAUCCCGUCUUCAUUCAUCAAGACUGUCUCCCAUAUUUUUAUCUACAUCAUUACGGGAUGUUCAAGAUGAGGCUGCAGCGGUCUUAGAGGCUCGUGUUAAGGAACUAAUAGAGCACCUAAACAAUAGCACUACUUCACUUGAAACAUUAAGAAAUUCCACUUGUGAACUCCGGCUUCUAGCUAAGGACAUGGAUAACAGAAUCUUGAUAGCGAGUUGUGGGGCUAUUACACCGUUAGUCAGCCUACUGCGUUCUUCAGACCUAGUAACUCAAGAAAAUGCAGUAACUGCUCUUUUAAACUUAUCAAUCAGCAACAACAACAAGACCAACAUAGUGAAAGCGGACUCAAUUGAGCCUUUGAUUCAUGUCCUUAAAACGGGCACCUCUGAAGCCCGUGAAAAUGCAGCUGCAACAUUAUACAGCCUAUCUGUAUUUGAAGAGAACAAGAUUAGGAUAGGAAACUCGGGUGCUAUAGGUCCUUUGGUUGAUUUGUUAGGGAAUGGAACUCCCCGUGGUAAGAAAGAUGCGGCUACUGCAUUAUUCAACCUUUCUACAUGUACUGAAAACCGGUUCACAAUAGUAAAAUCAGGUGCUGUUAAACCUCUGAUAGAACUGAUGGAUCCUGCAACGGGGAUGGUUGACAGAGCCGUGGUACUGCUAGCGAAUCUGGCGACAACACCGGAAGGAAGGAAGGAUAUUGCAGAAUCAGGAGGAAUAAAUCUUCUUGUUGAAGCAAUUGAAUUGGGUUCUCCUAGGGGAAAAGAGAAUGCAGCUGCUGCACUAGUGCAUUUUUGUUCAGACAGUACUAAAUACUGCAGGAAGGUGUUAGAAGAAGGUGCUGUGCCACCUUUAGUGAUUUUGUCUACGUCUGGGACUUCAAGAGCCAAAGAAAAAGCUAUUAAGAUUCUUCAUUAUUUGAGAAACCUACAACAACAAGCCUUUAAUGCAAGGAGAGGCUGAUAACUAUAAUCGGGACUGUUAAGACUUUGGAAAGUCGUCCGUGAAUUGGAGUGAUUCUCAUUAGUUGAUAUUUAUACUGUAUGUUACAAUAUCUUUCCUAACAUCGUUAUUUAUCCUUUAGUUUACAACAUCAUUCCUAAUAGCGUUAGGUAACUGCGGAUAAGAAGGAUAUACAUAUACUAUCCAAUAGUAAUGAAAAGUUAAAAAGUUAUUUUUAUAUAUUACCAUUUAAAAAGGUGGUAUUAAAUGGUAAAAAAAAUUGUAAAAGAAAACUUUUUUAUGAUUAAAGUUUCAUGACCAUAAGAAUGACGUAGUACAUUUCAUAAAAAAUCACAUCACAAGUCAUUCUCAUUACCCUCUUUUAGAACCAAUAAUCAAACGGGCCAUAAGAGAAUGAAAUUAUCGCAAUUAUCAGAAAUUGUAAAUGUAAUCUUCUGUAGUACCAGUGUACCAUCCAAUGUGCUUAUACUUUGAUUUUAAUAAAGAUCAUAUGUCGUUCACAUAUUGUAAUUAAUUAGUCAAGAAAUGGAUUCUGUUUUCUUCUGAAUUGGUGAUUUACUGAGUAAAAACACAAUAGUAUGCUUCAGGUUGUGUAACUAAAGAUACUAUAAAGAUGAACAAAUAUACUUGCAUA